AUGACAAGUACCUUCCCCACAGGUUCUCUACAUCCUUCUACAGUUUCUACUACAGCUACCACUUUUGAGACUAUUAUCACUAGUUCUGUUUAUACUAGUACCACCCUUCCUAUCCCAACGACUACUUUCUCAGCAAGUACUACUGAAGUUACAACUAGUAUUACUGGUCCUAAUGCCACUACAUCUUUCCUAACAAGUACUACUGAAGUUAUAACUAAUCCUAAUGUUUCUGAUAACACUACGCCUUCCCCCACGAAUACCACCGCUAGCAAUAGUUCGCUUCCUACCACGGACACUCCCUUCCCGACAAGUAGUACUGCCUUUACUAUUACCACCGCCCCUUACAGCACUACGCCUUCCCCCACCCCCACGAACACGACCGCUAGCAAUAGUACUCUUCCUACCACGGACACUCCUUUCCCCACAGGUACUACUGCCUUCACUACUACCACCGACCCUUACAGCACUACGCCUUCCCCCACGCCCACGAACACGACCGCUAGCAAUAGUACUCUUCCUACCACGGACACUCCCUUCCCGACAGGUACUACUGCCUUUACUACUACCACCGCCCCUUACAGCACUACGCCUUCCCCCACCCCCACGAACACGACCGCUAGCAAUAGUACUCUUCCUACCACGGACACUUCCUUCCCCACAGGUACUACUGCCUUUACUACUACCACCACCCCUUACAGCACUACGCCUUCCCCCACCCCCACGAACACGACCGCUAGCAAUAGUUCUCUUCCUACCACGGACACUCCCUUCCCGACAGGUACUACUGCCUUUACUACUACCACCGCCCCUUACAGCACUACGCCUUCCCCCACGCCCACGAACACGACCGCUAGCAAUAGUACUCUUCCUACCACGGACACUCCCUUCCCCACAGGUACUACUGCCUUCACUACUACCAAUGACCCUUACAGCACUACGCCUUCCCCCACGCCCACGAACACAACCGCAAGCAAUAGUACUCUUCCUACCACGGACACUCCCUUCCCCACAGGUACUACUGCCUUUACUACUACCACCGCCCCUUACAGCACUACGCCUUCCCCCACGCCCACGAACACGACCACAAGCAAUAGUACUCUUCCUACCACGGGCACUCCCUUCCCCACAGGUACUACUGCCUUUACUACUACCACCGCGCCUUACAGCACUUCGCCUUCCCGCACGAACACGGCCGCUAGCAAUAGUACUCUUCCUACCACGGACACUUCCUUCCCAACAGGUACUACUGCCUUUACUACUACCACCGCCCGUUACAGCACUACGCCUUCCCCCACGCCCACGAACACGACCACAAGCAAUAGUACUCUUCCUACCACGGGCACUCCCUUCCCCACAGGUACUACUGCCUUUACUACUACCACCGCCCCUUACAGCACUACGCCUUCCCCCACCCCCACGAACACGACCGCUAGCAAUAGUACACUUCCUAUCACAGACACUCCCUUCCCGAAGAGUACUACUGCCUUUACACCUACUACCACUGCCCCUUACAGCACCACACCAUCUCCCACGAACACCACCGCUAGCAAUAGUACGCUUCCUACCACGGACACUCCCUUCCCGACAAGUAGUACUGCCUUUACACCUACUACCACCGCCCCUUACAGCACUACGCCUACCCCCACCCCCACGAACACGACCGCUAGCAAUAGUACGCUUCCUACCACGGACACUCCCAUCCCCACAGGUACUACUGCCUUUACUACUACCACCGCUCCUUUCAGCACUAUGCCUUCCCCCACGCCCACGAACACAACCGCAAGCAAUAGUACUCUUCCUACCACGGACACUCCCUUCCCCACAGGUACUACUGCCUUUACUACUACCACCGCCCCUUACAGCACUACGCCUUCCCCCACGCCCACGAACACGACCACAAGCAAUAGUACUCUUCCUACCACGGGCACUCCCUUCCCCACAGGUACUACUGCCUUUACUACUACCACCGCGCCUUACAGCACUUCGCCUUCCCGCACGAACACGGCCGCUAGCAAUAGUACUCUUCCUACCACGGACACUUCCUUCCCAACAGGUACUACUGCCUUUACUACUACCACCGCCCGUUACAGCACUACGCCUUCCCCCACGCCCACGAACACGACCACAAGCAAUAGUACUCUUCCUACCACGGGCACUCCCUUCCCCACAGGUACUACUGCCUUUACUACUACCACCGCCCCUUACAGCACUACGCCUUCCCCCACCCCCACGAACACGACCGCUAGCAAUAGUACACUUCCUAUCACAGACACUCCCUUCCCGAAGAGUACUACUGCCUUUACACCUACUACCACUGCCCCUUACAGCACCACACCAUCUCCCACGAACACCACCGCUAGCAAUAGUACGCUUCCUACCACGGACACUCCCUUCCCGACAAGUAGUACUGCCUUUACACCUACUACCACCGCCCCUUACAGCACUACGCCUACCCCCACCCCCACGAACACGACCGCUAGCAAUAGUACGCUUCCUACCAUGGACACUCCCUUCCCCACAGGUACUACUGCCUUUACACCUACUACUACCGUCCCUUACAGCACUACGCCUUCCCCAACGAACACGACUGCUAGCAUUAGUGCGCUUCCUACGACGGACACUCCCUUAGCCACAGGUACUACUGCCUUUACACCUACUACUACCGUCCCUUACAGCACCAUGCCUUCCUCCACGAACACGACCGCUAGCAAUAGUACGCUUCCUACCACGGACACUCCCUUCCCCACAGGUACUACUGCCUUUACCCCUACUACCACCGCCCCUUACAGCACUACACCUACCCCCACCCCCACGAGCACAACCACUAGCAAUAGUACUCUUCCUACCAUGGACACUCCCUUAGCCACAGGUACUACUGCCUUUACACCUACUACCACUGCCCCUUACAGCACCACACCAUCCCCCACGAACACCACCACUAGCAAUAGUACGCUUCCUACCACGGACACACCCUUCCCGACAAGUAGUACUGCCUUUACACCUACUACCACCACCCCUUACAGCACUACACCUACCCCCACCCCCACGAACACGACCGCUAGCAAUAGUACGCUUCCUACGACGGACACUCCCUUCCCCACAGGUACUACUGCCUUUACCCCUACUACCACCGCCCCUUACAGCACUACGCCUUCCCCCACGAACAUGACCGCUAGCAAUAGUACUCUUCCUACCAUGGACACUCCCUUCCCCACAGGUACUACUGCCUUUACACCUACUACUACCGUCCCUUACAGCACUACGCCUUCCCCCACGAACACGACUGCUAGCAAUAGUACGCUUCCUACCACGGACACUCCCUUCCCGGCGAGUACUAAUACCUUUACACCUACUACUACCAUCCCUUAUAGCACUAUGCCUUCCCCUACAAGUGUCAUUACUACUAACACUAGUGCUACCUUUCCUAUCACAAGCAGUCCCUUCCCAGCAAGCACUAUUAAAGUUACAGCUAGUACUGCUGUUACUAAUACCACUGUGCUUUCCCCUAUAAGUUCUACUGCUCGAACUAGUACUACUCUUCCUGUCAUAACCACUCAUUUCCCAACAAGUAAUACUGAUGCUAACACCAAUACUACUGUUCUAAUUGCCACUACUCUUUCCCCAAUAAGUACAGAUACUACUAGCACCAGUAAUACUGAUCCCAUUACAACCACUCCUUCUAUGAAUAGUAGUGCCAGUAGUAUUCUCAAUAGUUUUCCUAGUACGACUCCUUUUUCUGUAACUACUCAUGUUAUGAACACUACUGUUGCUAUGGUAACCACUUCUAUAAGUACUGAUGUUGCUAGCACUGGCAACCAUACUCCUAUUACCAGUUCUCCUUCCCCUACAAUAUCUGGUGGUAAUAGUACUAGUAAUACUAUUCCUACAGUAUCUAUUUCUUCUACAGAUAUUCACUCUAUUAGCACUAAUACCAUAGCUAUCUCUACCACCAAUACUAUAAAUAAUACAGGGCAGGCAGUAAAUAUUACUGAUGCAGAUAACUCUAGCAGUGUUCCAGGUAAUACUACACAUGUUUCUAUUCCAAAUACCACAAUAGCCUUAGACUCAUCAAUGACUACUCUUGUAGACACAACAACUCACCAUCAGGUAAAAAACUCUACAGUCAGUUAUUUACCUAUUAUUACAACUAAUGCUACCACCAGUAUUAUAAAUACUACCACAUAUGUUCUAAAUACUAUCAUUCUUGAUAGAACAACAAUGAAUGCUUCUGCUACCAAACCAACUUAUAUUGAAAAUGCCAUAAAUGCUACUCUAGUUCCAUGAUUACUAUCCACAGCAUCAUAAUUACUACAGACAUCUCUUUAAAACAACUAUUACAGAUAUAAAAAUCAAUAAAAGAUACAUGAUUUUAUGCUAUGUAAGUUUUCACAGAUAUUAACACCAGUUUUUAUAAAUAUGGCUACUCCAAGCACUAUAGACACAGCUGAUAUGUCCAAAGUUAUAUCCAUGACUAUUUUUAUAAGUAUAAUUAAAGAAACCAUGGAUACUUCUUCUGCAGCCAGAAUAUGUACUCUAAAAAUUAUGAGCCCUAUAGACUUAUCAAUUAAAUGGUACAUAUUUUAUAUAUCCUUGCUAGAGACUUCAUAGAUGAUUUUGGUAUCUCAGAAAAUACCAUAUUAGUGUCUGUAAAUACUAUUGCUUUAGAUGUAGUUAUUAAAGUAGCCUAACUUGUUCUUAGGUUAUGGGACAUGAUACCAUAACUGAAAGCACUGGUGAUAUAUAGCACUCACAUGGCUACUGUAGCAACAGUUGUUAAUAUUAUAGUAAUUAUUUAAUUAGUAAUGUUAAAAAUCAUGCCUUAUUUUCCUAUGGAUUUUUCCACAUACCAUGGCUACCAAUAGAAUAAUACACUAUUACACAUCCUGAUAAUAUCCUCACUUCUAAAACAAUCCUAGGUAUAACCAUAGAUAUGGAAAGUGCUACCACUGUAGAUCUUGUAUAUAUUUGGACUCCAGGAACUAAAAUAAUUAGAUUAAAAAUGUUGGAUGUUACAUUUACUAUCAUAGGAAGUAAAAAUGUGAUUAUAGAUGUUAAAAACAUAACUUCCUAAUCUUUGCAACCACUACUUCCAUAGGUACUACUGAUACUCUUACUGCAAAUUUGAUAAGUACUUUUAUUUACAAACCUUAAAUGCACUUCCAGGAAAUUAACAGUCAGUUUUCCUUAGGAGAUAAUCUUAGGGUCCUUGCUGUUAUCCUGAAUGACUGGAUUCAAUUACAAAUCUCUAACUCUUCUGUAGACUAGAAAUGACCCAGGUGGAGAUGAAUAUUUAAAGAUAUGGCUUAGGGGAGAUAGUCUCUACCCUGGGAUUGGAUUUCUUGUUGACUUUUAAUUAGUUAUAAUCUUGUUUACUUUUUCUCUUAUCUACCAGCUUUUCCCUUAUUACUUCACUGUGAACUCCCCUUCUGUGUUAGGACUUUCAUCAUGUUCUUGGUCGUUCAUAUCCAAAUUUACUCUUUAUCCUUGGUCUGUUACUUUCUUAGAUCAGCCAGACCCCAUAAAUAUACUCAUGGUCAUAACCGAAUAUAGCCAGUUGAAUGCUAUUGAAGACAUAAUCCUAGGACAGUAUUCUCAAAAUGUAGUUUGGAGACCCAUGGAGGCCAUAGAACUCUUUCUGGGGCUCACAAGGUCAAAUCUGUUUUCACAAUACUAUGCUUUUCUAUUCCUUUUUAACUUUCAUCCUCUAUUAGUAGACAGUGGCAUUUUCCAGAGACUUUAUGCUGUGUGGUGUUGCUAUAGAUGAAUACAGAAACAAUUUUAAGAUCUACCUGUAUCUAUUGAGAUAGACCUUAAACAGAUUUACAAAAUAUAAAUUAUCAUUCU